GGCAGUUAAGAAGAGCCGUUAACCAGCAGCUAGGAUGGAAAGGAAGGAAGAAAAUGGCAUGAUGUUCCACAGUCCUUACAAAGUCAGCAUACUGAACAACAUAACAUACCGGCCAAUCCUCCCCUGCCGCAUACACUGCUUCUAUGGUCUGCCACUCUACCAGCAGCAGUUCCUGGAGAAGACCCGAAGCUACAUUCACAUGCUCUGUGCCAGCCUCUUGAGCUUCAUUUUUGUCCUGCUGCUCUGCUUGUCCACUCUGCACUGGGUGCAGUUCAUAGUGUUAGCAGAUAGGGAGAAGCUCUUUGCGGGGCUCUGGACAGCAUGUCACCAUAAUCUUUGCUGGAGCCACAUGCCAAAGGCACCUUACUACCUCCAAUUCUCCAGAGCCUUCUUCCUCAUCUCUGUCUUCAUCACCCUCAUUAUUAUUAUCUGCCUCAUCAUCUCUUCAACCAAAAGACCAGAACAAAAAACCUACAUAGAUCUGGGCGUUUCCAUCUUUUGUUUUAUCUCAGGCACCUGCUUACUCCUCUGCCUCAUUUUGUUCUUGAUGCAAGUGGAAUUGUACAGUAGGAAUGUCUUGGAGCCCCAUUUCCUAUUUGUCUACCGCUUCAAUUGGUGGGGUAUUGUCUUCUACAUAGUAGCUGGGUUCUUCUCUGGACUCAAUCACAUAAUUUUUCGGAUUGCUCUUUCAAAACAAAAUCUUGUGACCCCUAUUACAAAGACAAGAAUAAGACAUAUGGCCACAUUGAGAUUGAAUUUAACUAAGACAAAUGUAAACGCUUUUCCACAGAUGCAUCAAAUAUCAGAAAUGCCUUCACAGACAGUUGUACAGCCAAGGUCCCAAUCAGACAUAGGGAUCCAAAUAGAUCUAGAGACAGGAAAUGAAUCAAUAAUAAGGAAUGGGUUAAUGACUCGGGCUAGAUUAGCUACAGAGACAGAACCAGCUGGUAUAAUAGAGCCUGGAGCUGAAGCAGAGACAAUGAUAGGAAUGUGAUUAGUGGUGAGUCAAGCAAUAGGCCUGAGAGUAAUGAAAAGAAAAUGACCAAAGGCAGGGAUGGUUAGAUCAGAGAUUCAGCUGAGAAAAAAAUGCUGGUGACAAGACAGAAGGAUUGAUCUUAGAUAUAAGGUAAUAGAAGAUGAGGCGAUUUAAAAUAUAAAAGGCCUCACAAAGAGGUUACUCUUUAGGGGUGAUGAUAUUUUGGAUCUGUGUGGGAGUAGAGGAGUACCAGAGAUAAUUCUGAGAUGACAAGAUAAUAUCUCUGGAGUAUCCUCCUCAGAUUCUGCUUCACUCACUAAAUAAGUCAAUAUUUUGGAUGAAAGAAAGUCAUUUGUAUAGUUUAGGUCAAAGGUACUAUGACUUGAGAAUAACAAAGUGCUACAAAGCUUAUUAAAGGAAGCUUCCAUGUUAGUGUGGUGUACCAUGAUUUGGGAAAUGCUGGACACCAGAUUUCCAUGACUACACCAGGGGACAUGUCAGCAAAAUGGAAAGAACAUUCCAUUUUUGGUCCCCACUUCCCUAAUCUGUUAGGCUAAUUUUUGGCAAAUAUUUUUCCUUGACCAACUAGACUAUGCUAUUCAUUCUGCAACUAACUUUUCAUGGCCAUAAAUGAUGAACAAUAAAGAAGUUUUUCCUGUUGGCCCAUACAA